AUGAGACUAACCGUUGGAAGGGAUCCAUCUGAUAUUCGAAAAAUACGUCAUUUUGCAAACUGGCUUUUGGAUAUAGGAGAAGGAAAAGUUGGUGGUUCGAACGAUGGUGAAGCGAUUAUUGAUGUUUCAGAUGAUAUUCUCAUUAAUGAUCCACAUGAUCAUAUAGGUUCAUUAAUUGAGUUUAUAUAUCCUUCAAUCUUGGAAAAAUUCAACGCUACGAGUUAUUUUCAAGAAAGAGCUAUACUAGCUCCAAAAAAUGAAGUUGUCCAACAAAUCAAUAAUCGUUUGUUAGCAUUGUUUCCCGCAGACGAAGUAGAAUAUUUAAGUUCAAAUACUCUUUGCGAAUCAGAGUUUGUUCAUGAUCAGUUUGAUCCCAAUUUAUACUCCCCGGAUAUUUUUAAUGGUCUUAAAGUAUCAGGUUUGCCAAAUCACAAGUUAAUUCUAAAAAGUCGGUGUUCCAGUUAUGUUACUAAAAAACAUUGA